AGUUCUAUGAUAGAUACAGACUACAGUAUAAAACUGAAAUAAUUUAAAUUGUGAUCUUGUUCUGAUUAUGGAAGAUAAUACUCCAAAUUCCGCAGAAUUCGCAGUUAGUACAGAGAACAAUUCGGAAUGGCAAAAGAAAAAGCAAGAUAUAAUGUUGAAUCUGGGAUUAUCAAGCAAAUCUGCACAAAUAGCGGACGAAACACCUACUCCUACCAGGUUUAUACAAAACUGCGAGGAGGUUGGUCUGUUUCAAGACCUGCAGAAUGUUAAUCCGUUUGAUGAAGUGUUCAAAAGGGCAGUUGAGAACUCUAAUUCAAAUAUGUUAGAACCAAAUUUAAAGAGCACUUCUGAUGAUACUUUGCAUACCCCACAGAUUUAUCCACAGCCAGACGAAAGUCAAAAUAAGUUCACAAACUCAAAUAUAAAUAUGAGUUCACAAGAGUUUGGUUUAAAUCCAGUCAUUACAUCUAUAUCAGAAACUAAAAAUGAUUGUGAUGUUUUGGUGAUUAAUUCUGACCAUGAAGAGAAUUCUGGUCAUACAACAAAUGUUAAAGCAAAAAUUAAGUCAGUUUUAAUGGAAAAAUAUAAGGCACAGAUUAAUUUAGUGCAUAUUAAUAGACUUCAACAAAAUCCACAAAAAUCUAUUGAUUUGAAAGUAGAAAAUUCAGAAGCUAUGAGAAUUAGGGAAGCAAAUAGGGCAGCUCAGAUGAGGUGUCGAAAAAGGAAGCAAAAAGAGCACCAAGAUAUGAAAAUUGAAAUGCAAGAACUAAAGCGUGAGAAAUUAAAAUUACUUUGGAUCAAUCAUAAUUUACAAAACAAAAUAAAACUCUUGGAAGAGAAAUUGCAAGAGAAAUCCAUGGGUCUUCAGCAACAAGGAAUUUCUGCUGAGUUAAAUCAGCAUUGUUUGGGUGCUAUCACUUUAGCAUCUCCAGUACCAUCCCUAGAGACUACCAUUCCCAUACAAUCAACAUUGCCCUCAGAGGUUUCAAAAACAGCACACAUGGUUAUUUCUAAGGAUUCUGGUAAAUUAAAUGCGGGUAAUAGUAGUUCUUUGCCAAAAUUACCUAAGCCAAGUUGUUCAAACAAUUCAAUCAUUGUCAUAGUAAACUCAGCAGUGAAACCCCAUUCAGAACUUGCUAGAUCUGCAAUGACCAUCGGUCCAGUAGUUCCCCAACCUCUAUUUGAUUUGGACAAGAGUAGACGGUAUGUGAGAAUUAGCCCAAAAUCAAAAAGGUGACUGGUGGGUCAAUUUUUGAGUGAAAAUGUUUUCUUUUGCCAGCAAUUUAAGAAUUGUCAUUGUUAAUGGAAAGAAAGUAUUUUAAUUUUUAACAACUUGUAUUGUAUAUACAACAAGCCAUAUUUGGAUCAAGCAUCACUAUUUGAUUAUAGAGUAUCCAUUUGACAAAUAAUAAUAGUGCUUUAUUUUGAACAGAUCUACACCUAAUUACAGACAAUACUUAAAGUAAAACAAAUCAAUAAAAGGCAGCACAGCACAUCUAACACCUGUCCAAAAAUGAAAAUUGGUCAUAAUUAUAAUAAUAAUAUUAAUAUUAUAUAUUAAUAUUAUUUCCAACAGGUAACAUGAAAUACUAAAUAUAAAUCAUCCAAUAUAUACACUAGGGGAUGUAGAAACUAAUCUUAAAUCUACUAAUCUUAUAAGUAAAAAAAAUGAAGAAGGAAAGAAUGAGAAAGAAAAGGAGAAGACUUAUCGGUACGGAUAACCCGACGCCAAUCGAAGUUGCUGAAGUAUGGCCUGGAGACCAUCAUAAUAUAAAUCGCAGUAUGAUGAUAGUUUGUUGAAGGUGGCACACAUAUUGUAAAUAGGGUUUUGAAAAUGGACGUGGGACCUGGGUAACUGCGGUAAGAAAGUUGAUUGCGGCCGCACAUGAAAGCGUAAUUGUUCCAGAAGAAACGGACAAUCGACUCUGUAAUGAACUAACUUAUAGAGAAAUGAAAAAGAUUGCAAGUCUCUGCGCAAGCUCAGGGGCAGUAUAGCAAACCUUCUUCGCAGAAGAUCCUGCUCAACUCCCCGCUCAGGAUAGGAACCGUCCUCCCUCAACAUUAGAUACUUUAGUAACCUUCUCUGCACACUCUCAAUGGACUGAGUGUGGCAGUUUUAAAUUGGUGAUCAUAUCAGCGAGCCAUAGUCAAGCUUGGUCCAAAUGUAACAGUUAAAUAACAAUUUAACAGUAGUUGAGCUACAAAAAUGCCUGCAAAUUCUUAUUACGAAUCCUAAAAUUUGUAUUGCACUGGAAACCAUUUUUAUAAUGUGAGGUACAAAAGAGAACGACUGGUCAAAUAAAAUCCCCAGAUCCUUCACAGUAGCAAGUCUAGUCAGGACAGUACCAUCCAUAUUGUAAUUAAAGACUAUAGGAGUUUUUGUGCGGUGGUAAGAAACCACAUUACACUUGCUGAUGUUAAGAUGCAAUUUAUUUUUAGUACACCAUUGACUGACAAUAUUGAUGUUGUCCUGGAGAGUCAUGCAGUCCAUGCCAGUUUCAAUGCAUUCUUAUAGAUUUAGGUCAUCUUCAUAGGCAAGCUUGUUGCAGGUGAUCAAAGAUAUGAGAUCGUCUAUAAAUAUAUUGAAAAGAAGAGGUCCAAGGUUAGAACCUUGAAGCACGCCAGAAGUUGGAACAAAAGGAACUGAUCUGAACCCCUCAAUCUCAACAAACUAUCGGCGGUUCACCAAAUAGGACCUCAAGUCAGUGUAUAUAACGUCAACUUGACCUUGCUUGUUCAGAGAGUCACAGACAUAUACGAAGACAGAGAGCAUAAGUUAGUGAUACAUGAUCUUUUCGCAUAAAAACCAAGUUGUUGCGUAGAUAGUUUAUUUCUAAUUUGAGCAAAAAUAAAUUUAAUAUAAUCUCGAAUAAUUUAGAAAAAUUGCACAAGAUCGAAAUAGGUCGGUAGUUUUCAACUACAGAGGGAUCACCUUUUUUGAGAAUAGGAUAAACUUUGACAUAUUUCCAAGGCUCUGGAUAAACACCCGUUUCAAGUAUUAUGUUAAAAACGUGACAUAAAGGAGCACAGAGUGCCUGGGAACAGUCUCUCACUAUAAAACUUGGUAUGCCAUCAGAACUGGCGGUAAUUUUGUUUUUGAGUGCUUUGCUGGCUGACAAGACAUCCUGGAUAGUAAGCUUAGGUAUGUUGCCUAGUUCCGGAUUACAGGACACGCUUGAAGAUGAACACGGAUCUGGCUGGGAUAUGGUGUAAAUGCUACCAAAAUACUUACCAAAAGCUGCAACAACCAUAUUAGGCCCAUGGCAUGGCUGACUAGAAUAGGACAUGGUGGCUGGGAUUCGCGAAUCUGCAUUCUUCCGCUGAAUAAAUGACCAGAAAUUGGUAAGACUAUCAUGUAUACUUAACUCAGCACGACGAACAAAAUCAGUAUAGGCAAUGCGUGACUGGAACUUAAUAGACUUGCGCAGCGCGGUAUAUCUGCCAAAAUAAUAAGAUUUGUGUUGCUUGAAAUUGCGGAAAGCUUUCUCCUUCUCAAAUAUAGUUGCGAUCAUUUCUUUAGUGAAGCUUUCUCCUUCUCAAAUAUAGUUGCGAUCAUUUCUUUAGUGAACCAUGAUGGAAAUCGCCUUCGUCUCGGUGUUUUAGUGGGCGUGCAAACGACAAAAAUAUUGUUUAGCAUGUCGUAAAAAAGUAUUAGAGCCUUGUCGACAUCCGAGCACUCCAUAACACUAUUUCAGUCUGCAUGCUGCAUCAAUUCAUAGAUAUGAGGAUAGUUUGCCUUCUUAAAGUUAAAUUCGGUUUGAUUGUUUCUAUUGAUUGGAAAAUUAGAGACGUGUGGAAAAGCGAGUCGGAGAGAAACUAUUAACGAGAGAUGGUGUGGAUCCUCGUCGAUAAGUAGUACUGCGUUUCUCACUAUGGCAACGUCGAAAUUGACAAAAACGAGAUCUAAGCAGCCGUUAUUUUCGUUAGUUACAGAGUUAGGCUGUUUAAGAUUCAACAUGGCGCAAUAACAAGACAGCCAAACAACAAGUUCAGCGACGACAAAAAUUCAAAAAAGUUCUCAACUUAGAAGUUGGUAGCAGUGGGAGGAAUAUAUACUAUAAAUACAUAAAAUACAAAGUAAUCUAAAGAGAUCUUACAGCCUAAAAAGUCUAUGCUUGGAGCACUGUUGCUGAUGCCGGAGGUAUCCAGAAGUGCGGACUCAAAACUGUCAAGAACACUGAGCAUGACACUACCGCCUCUGGAGACUCGGGUUAAAUCUUCCCUUCUGUCUGAGCGGUAGACCAGAUAAGAAUCAGGACAGAGUUCAAAGUCUCGAAAAUCUGGUUGAAGCCAGGAUUCAGUAACAGCAACGAUAUCAUACCCUGAGGAAGUUACGCCACUGUAAAAGACAUGGGUCCUAGUUCUGAGACCCCGAACGUUCUGGUACAUACGGCGGCGGAGCUGGGUUUUUUGUAGCGAUAGUGGGAACACCACGGGUGUAUUUUAGAAUCAGAUUGUUUUCACCAUUCGAGCGACGAUGUUGCAGUUCUUCUUUAAUAUCCCAAAUAUACUUACGUUGCGGCGGAGACAGAUCCGCCUCGACGUAAAUUUGGUGAUUCUCAGGGAGUGUUCUCCUACUCUUCAGCACAAGUGACACGUCGCUGGGCUUAGACAGCGUCACUUUAACUGGUUUGUAGCCAUUACGAUUUGGUUUACCGACGGAAACAACGUUAGUGACUUCAAUCUGUGUAAACCCACUGCUCGAGAGCAUUGGAGAGACUUCAAGUGGUUCAGGAAUGCUCUCGUCUCGGCGAAGAUUAAAAAUCAUCAAAUUGUUAAUGCGUGCCUGUCUCUGCAGCACUUCUUGAAGAACGUCGUUUUCAUGACUUUGUUCGGCGGCUGUAGUGCUGUCACAGCGAGUAUUAUUACCAAUUUGAUUCCUUAACUCUGCAAUCUCAGAUCUAAGAUCAGCAUUAAUUUUGAUUUGGUCUUCGUAUCUCGCCAGCAGGUUGGCAUACUGAGCCUCCAUGACUAUUAAUUUUUCCAUUAUGUCGUUAAAGAUACUUGGUUAUGGGUUAUUGCCGAGUUGGAGACAUCACCACCAGAGAUAUCUUGGAGCGACGCACCACUCGGUCCAAUUGAGCCCCGGGGGUUGCUAUUCGAGGUUUGCUUGCUGCCUGACUGAGACUGUGCGAUAUCUAAGCAGGGAUUGCAUGUCCAAGUGGUUUCUUUGGCUUUAUUCCCCAUAGUUGCCUGCUUGUUAAACUCAUGGUUAGUGAGACCCAAACAACCCUUGUGGAACCACGACAGACAGGCACAACAUGAUAUUGAAGGUUGACUGUCCUUUAUUGAUCUCUCACAGUGUGAACAUCUUGGCUGCUUGUUGAUAUUCGGCGCCAUCCGUGCAGUCAGUCCGUGGCCAAACUCACUCUUAGAAAAAAAAUGUAAACACGGCUAAGCCCGACCACGCGGAACGCAACUAAAACACUACAAAUAUUAUUGUGUGAGCACUGUUUUUGAUCGAUUAUUUGUUUCACGUCUGCUGAAGAACAAGUAAAAGUGGCUGGUAUGUUUUUAGCGCAUUUAAAAUGUGUUGGAACUACGGAAACUGGUGUAAUUAUGAGGACACAAAUUAAGCGGGUCGGACGGCGAUAGACAGCACAUAAUUAGAAUACAAAAAUGUGAAAAGUGAAUUAUUUAUUCUUUAGACUAUCUUUACAUGUAGAGAAAGUGCACAGUGAGUUAAAGUUAAUAUUACACAAGUCAGCAAUAGGAUUAAAGUUAACACACAUUUGAUAAAUUGACGACCAUGAUCCUACCCUUAAAAUUAUUAAAAUGGUCAGUACUGCGUGAAUUAUAUACAAAAAUGUGAAAAGUGAAUUAUUUAUUCUUUAGACUAUCUUUACAUGUAGAGAAAGUGUACAGUGAGUUAAAGUUAAUAUUACACAAGUCAGCAAUAGGAUUAAAGUUAACACACAUUUGAUAAAUUGACGACCAUGAUCCUACCCUUAAAAUUAUUAAAAUGGUCAGUACUGCGUGAAUUAUAUACAGCAUGGCCACAGAUAAACAAAUCCGUCUAACGUUAAAAGACUCAACAUCGGACCGUUGGAGGAACAAGAGUUGAACAAAUCUUCUGGGCGGAUAAUAUCCAUGUAAUUUAAAGUGAAAAUAUUUAAAGCAUUUAAGUGGAAAACUCUUCAAAUUAGACGUAUUACGCUCUUAAAUAGGUGACCAUAUUUACUCCUCUUAAACGUUGUGUAAACAAGUUUAAGGGUAGAAAUAUUGGAUAAUUUAUAAACAUAUUACACUUCUCCAAGAGUGGAAGAACAUGAGACUUUUAUUUUUUAUAAAAAGACAGGACUUUACAUUUAGCAACAUUAAGUUUCAAAGAGUUCACAGAGCACUACUGAUUUAACAUGAAUAACGCGUUUUAUUAUUUGUUAUAGGCAAAUAAAUGAGACAAUUUUAACGUAAUUUAUAAAUCAUUAAUGAAAAUCAAAACAAGUAGGGGACCCAAAUUCGACUCUUGAGGUACUCCUGAGAUAGCAACAAAAAAUUUAGGCUUAUAGCCAAGAAUUAUCUGUUGUCGAGAUAUGCUUCUAUUAUCCCACUUAUUGUUUAUUUAUUCUUUAACUGUUAGGCAGAAUUAUAUAAUGAACUCACAGCUUACUAAACAAUCAACUAUCUAACUCUGUACCGACUCCUUUUUUCUGGCAUAUUUUAAUUAUUAUGGAUGUUAACCCAGUUUUGAACCUUGGAACUUCUACAGGCUGCUGUAUUUUGUCAUUCAUUUUGUCGGCUUCUUCAGAGCUUACCUGAAACUGGUUUGCAUUCUACUCUAUGAAUGAAUAUAUACUGUUUGAUGGAAGUGGAGUUAAAACAUUGACUCAGGUAAGUGAUUCCCAUAUUGGUAAGGGGAAUUCUAUGGAUUCUCAGAUUUCUUUUUGGUGGAAUGUUGAGAGAAUUUUGGACAAAUGGUAAAUCUGGUUUUAUAUUUCUUGAGAACCAAAGACAGAA